AUGGCCUAUUUUGCUCAGCUGAGUGCGGACGCGGAAGAGCUCGUGGCUGCCGUCACAUCCAUCAGCCAGGAAGACGACCCCGAUCAAUUCCGCGUGCUGCACGAGACAACGCUGCGGUCGCUACGGUAUCACAACUUCCCCCCGACGAAUCAGUUCGAGGUGAAACACAACUUGGACGGCCUCGAAGAGAAAUUUGCCGUAAUCGGCCGCGAUGGACUGGCCGACGCACUCUAUGAGCGCCGCUCCACGCUCGCAGAGCACGAGACGAAUUGGACUGCCGACAUUCUUGACUUUCUGCUGGCGUUGUCCGACAACCCGGCCGAGAAGGCGAGCCUGGACGAGCUCAACCGGCUGUGUGCAUCGAGAUGUGUGCCCAAGACGCCUCCGUUACGAUGGGAGGACAUUUCGCGAGAGGACGGCUGGGUGGACGAGAUGGAGCUGUGGAAAAAGACUGUCUUUGCAUCUGAUGACGACGACGACGACGACGACGAUGGUGGCCAUUACGACAGCGAGAGAGACGAGGCAGAUGUCCACUCUGGCAACACGACUCCGUCGAACGUGGAGCUGUUGGAAGGACAGCAGCCCCGGACAGCCCGAGACCUGGAGGUUGUCGACGCGCGUUCCAAGGAGCAGCUGGACGCGCUGCUGCAGGCGGUACGGGAGAGCCAGGCCUGGCGGACACAGCAGCGACAGCCGCCGUCGGAAGACAGCGACGGUCGGGUGCUCAUCUCGGAGCUGCAGCUCGUGCGCGAGACGCUCUUCAUGCUGCGGGGGGUGGACACGACGCUGUUUGGGGGGCAGUGUGUGCCGGCCAGCAGCUACCGGCUGUCAGACGUGUCGGCCGAGGCAUACGAUGCCCUAGUCGAUGCGGCCACGACCAGCGGACGAAGACUGCUGCCACUACGGCGCUGGACAGCUGGCGGCCGACGUCCCGAGACGGUGCCACUGCUGCAGGUGUUUCAGGAAGCCAUUCGGCGGCGGCUGGACGCGUUUGACCGCGAGCUGUCGGCAGUGCAGGCGCGCUACGUCGAUCUGGCGCAAGACGUGAUCGUCAGCCUGCCGGCCGUCCUCGAACAGCUGCGGCCGUGGCUGGCCAACCUGGCAGCAUUGGGGGCCGUGGUGCAGCAACUAGAGGCAGAGCGGAAUCCACGGGCGUUUCGCUAUCUCGAGCUGCUGCACGACGCGACAGCCAUGGCGCAGCUAGACGGCCGGCCGGAACUGUACGCCUUUCUCGCCACCGUCUUCUUUGAGUGCUUCCAGCUGUACCUGCGGCCGAUCCGGCUCUGGAUGGAGGACGGCCAGCUGUUGCCUGGUGACAAGAUCUUCUUCGUGGCCGGAGCGGCAGCCCAGGCAGCGCCCAACCAGAUCUGGCAGCACCAAUACAAGCUCCUGCACACGAGCAGCGGCGUGCUGCACGCGCCGCGGUUUCUGCAGCCGGCGGCGGCGGCCAUCUUUGCGGCCGGCCGCAGCAUCGUGGUGCUGCGCCAGCUGGGCCAAUACGACAGCAGCAGGCGGCAGCAGGCGUUGUCUACGGCGAUCGAGCCGACGCUGGACCAGACCACCGUCUGUGCGGCUGCCGGAUCGGACCUGGAGCCAUUUCCCCAGCUCUUCGCCGAUGCCUUUGAGCGUUGGAUCGAGAGCAAGCACCACGCUGCGUCGGCCACGCUGAAGUGCACCCUCUUCGACUCGUGCGGGCUCUGGUCCACGUUGGAGACGCUACAGUGCGUCUUCCUGAUGUCGGACGGCGCCAUGGCCGAUGCCUUUGCCACCCGGCUCUUUUACAGUCUGGACAGCCGCAGCCCACGCUGGAACGACCGGUACACGCUGACGGAGCUGGCCCGCGAGGCCUUUGGCCCCCGCCUGGAUGCAUACCGCCUGUCGGCAGCGGUGGACAAGGCGCCGACGACAGAUGCCGAUCGGCCGGUGAUGGCGCGACGCUCGCUGCGUGGUGGUGUAUCCCGCGUCCGGCUGCACUACCGGCUGGCCUGGCCAGUGCAGAUCAUCAUCCCGGCCGACUGCAUGGCCGGCUACCAGGCCGUGUUCACGCUCCUGCUACAGAUCCGGCGGGCGAGCAGCUUUCUGUGCCGCCACCGUCUUCUGGACGACGGUCGGCGCGAGGACGGCGACCAUGGCGACGACGAGGACGGCGACCAUCACCGCCGCAAGGCACAGCGGCAGCAGCAGCAGCAGCAGCAGCAGCCACAGCGACGACGACUACCCCGAGGCGACCGGGCCGUCUACUUUACGCUCCGGGCCAAGCUGCUGUGGCUCUGCAGCACGCUGCAGUCGUACGUGACGACGCUGGUGAUCGCGCCACACAUGGCCAGGCUGCAGGAGGAGCUGCAGCGGGCGGCCGACGUGGACGGGAUGAUCCAGGUGCACGCGGCCUUUCUCCGGGCACUGCUGGACGAGGCCUGUCUGGGCUCGAAGCUGCAGCCGAUCCAUGAGUGUCUGCUGGACCUGCUGGACCUGGCCCUGCGACUGGAGGACGGCCGACGGGCGCAGGCGGCACGCGAGGCCGAGCAGCUGCAGGAGACCUGGCGGCUGUCGGUGCUGUCAUCACCAUAUCAGACGCCAGCAGCCAAGAGGCGGGCAGCAGCCGUGGGGCUGUCGCCACUGGGUGCGCCUCCUGUCCGCCGACGGCUCUUUGCCACGGCAGACAGAGAAGCGAGGGAGGAGGCAAAGGAAGCAAAGGAGGCGAGGGAGGCAAAGGAGGAGGAACGGGAAGAUGACGACGCCAAGAGCAGGGACGAGGACGGCGAUGAUGUCGUCGACGAUGACUUGGACCAGCAACAGCCCAACGACAGAGGCCGCCACCGGACGGGCGCACAGCCGUAUGGGGAAGCACUGCGAGACAUGCGCACAGAGUUCAGCAGCUACCUGCGCUUUGCCGUGAACGGGCUGCGAGGCGUGACGCGAGCAAGCAGCCAUGCGGCAGCUGCUGGCAAAUGGGGAUUGCUAGCCGACAUGCUGGAGGCCGGAAUGCGUGAAAAUCAGUAG